AUGAAUAUACUGGGCAAGGUGGCUUUCUUGCUUUUGCUCAGUGGAAUUUGGUGUCAGAACAACCGCAAUGCUAAAACUAGUGGUAAGACCACCAAGAAGACUGGUGCGAACCAAGGAGGUGAUGUUAGUCUUUCUGCCGCUGUGGUUAAUCUGACUCCUGGCACUGGAAGUACUGGAAGUGCUGGAAGCACUAGAGGAGCUGGAAGUACUGGGGGCACAGCUGAAGCUGCACGUGAGGGUGCUACAGGAGUUCGAGCUGCUGGACAACAGACAGAUGAUAUGAGAUUGCACUUCCUCAAGAACACCCAAGUUACAUGCAAUGAUGGAACAGCAGCUGGAUUUUACCUAAAGGAGUUCAGAGGAAGUCGCCGAUGGAUGAUAUUUCUGGAAGGUGGCUGGUGCUGCCACAGCAAAGAGACCUGUGAUUCCAGGUACCAAAAUAUACCUCGACUAAUGAGCUCAACGGGGUGGCCCCAAACAAAAAGAGGAGCUGGAAUAUUGUCUUCUCAAGUAGAGGAAAACCCACACUGGCAUAAUGCAAACAUUGUAUUCAUCCCCUACUGUUCUAGUGACGUAUGGAGUGGCAAUGGGCCUGCCCCAACUCCUCCUCCAAGGCCGCGCCAAGGCAGAGAAAAGGAGAGGGAUAUAAAUACGAAUGCGACUGAGUACACCUUCAUGGGUUCCCUGAUUAUCCGCGAGGUCAUCAAAGACCUCAUCCCCAAAGGAAUCAAAUUGGCAAAGGUUGUCAUGCUGUCUGGCACCAGUGCUGGUGGAACUGGUGUUUUGCUGAACAUCGAUAGGGUGGCCAGUCAGCUGGAGCAGCUUGGUGCAGAGGCUCAGGUCCGAGGCCUUGUGGACUCAGGAUGGUUUCUAGAAAGUAAACAACAGAGAUCACCAAACUGCCCAGAAACUAUUUCCUGCUCACCUGAAGAUGCUAUCAAGAUAGGACUUCGACUGUGGAAUGGGGUUGUGCCUGACAGAUGUCGGCAGCUCUAUAAGAGAGGAGAGGAGUGGCAGUGCUUCUUUGGCCACAAGCUGUACUCAACAUUGACCUCGCCUCUGUUUGUAAUGCAGUGGCUGUUUGAUGAGGAGCAGCUGAGGGUGGAAAACAUCUACAUGGGCAGUCAUAGUCUGUCAGAGGAGCAGUGGCAGUACAUACAGAACUUGGGCAGGGAGCUUAAGAACUCACUUAGAGAUGUCACGGCUGUGUUUGCUCCGUCCUGCCUUUCCCACACAGCGAUCACCAAAAGCAACUGGAUGAGUUUCCAAGUUAAAGGCACCUCUUUACCAAGAGCCCUGCACUGCUGGGACAGGAGUCUGGAGGCCACCCGCAACAACAGAACCCCUCCCAAAGGCUGUCCAUUCCACCUGGUUGACAACUGCCACGGGCCCCAGUGCAACCCCACCUGCCCAGCCUUGGUGGACCAGGCCACCCAGCAGGAGCUCACCCUGCUCCAGAUGUUAGUAGCUAUGGGCCUUGACCUCCAGAGGCUGGGCCUAGAUCCCGAAGGAGAUGCAGAUUCUCUGGCUAGCAUGGUCAGCAAUGGUGGCUAAGUGUAAGUGUGAUUUGCAGCUCAAGAGAAAGCCAAGCAAAGGCUUGAUGGAAGAAAGAAUGUGUUGAAUUUUUAAUGUAACCAUAGAAAUAGUACAGAGGUCUGGUUACUACGUUGUGCUACUCAGCAUUCCAUUAUGCUUCAUGUGUUACUGAGUCUGAGUGGUUUGGCUGUCCCUACUGGACACAAGAGGAAAGAGCUUUGGGCCUGAAUCUGAGGCGUUUCAGUUUUAGUGGUUGAGUAGCUUUGAGUUUUAGCAGACGGUCGGAUGUACUGUAUCACUCUACAUGAAAAUCUAACUUCAGAGGACAGUAGUAGAGUGGAAUACUUUUUAAUCGAAUAAAUGCUUUCAUAUAGUGUCAGAGACACAAACCUGUUGCUUUGACAGGACUCAAUAAAAACAUUUACACACCAUAUACUAUAGUCAGGAUCAGGUUGAAAGAAAUAUGUAUUCAUUCUCUUUCAGUCAUGCUUUUAAUGCAAUGACAAUUAUUCACACUGAUUUGGAUUGUUAAAAUAUAAUACAAAAAUAGAAAAUAUUAUACAGGUCUGAAUCACAAAAACUGUACACACGCAUUCGUUUUUGCAAACCCAUUUCAAAAGAAAAUAAUUCAGAUUUUUGUGACUUAGUUUUGGUCUCUAGCUCUUGAUGCUAUGCUAACUAAUAUAUGAAUAUUACAUAAUAUAUAUCCACAUUUUAUGUGCAUGUAAGACUAAAGUGUUAUAUUCUUCUAUGUUGGCCAGCAGAAGUGUACCUAUUUGAAAUGGGAAGUCUGCUAGAGGUCAACCGGUAGGGUUUUUUUAAUGGCCAAUGCUGAUGAAAAUAUUAAGAGAGUAAGUCGAUUAACGGAAAAUGGCAUUAAACUGCCUACCACUAGAGAAGAACUAUAAAACAACUCUGUGGUUAUUCACCAUUCAGUGGUCAGGAUAAUCAAUAUUUAACAUUGACAUAAUACAGACUCUGUAUUGCAAUACAUUUAUUGAUCUUAACAUUUAAAACUCAUACUUCUUUUAUAAUAUCGUGCAUGUGUUGCAAGACAUGUAUGUAACUGUAUUUUAACUUUCUCAAAGAAUUUGACAAGAAUGGUACCCCGUUGGUAACAAGUAUUGCCAUGUUGUUCAUGUUAG